CAACAGUGCUGUACAAGAAAACGAGAAACCUUUCGUUGCGUCUGCAGAAUAAUCAUUUUUGACCUGAAAUGCAUCACAGCCACGCCGAUCGGGAGCGGGAGUUCCAAUCCUUGAACGAUGUGUUCGAUGGUUUACAAAGGCGCAUGCGAAACUUGGAGGACCAGAUGGAAAGCCCUAAUCCAUCGGACGUACGCAUGAAGGAGUAUUGGGACGAGCUGACCGAGCUACGCCUGCAGUUGGCAGAGAAUCGACAAAAAGUUGAAAAGAUGCAAAACAAACGCUUCAAUUCGUUCGCAGUUGCUGCUUGCCUAUUUUUCAUUUGCUUUCUUGUGUACGGUCUGUACGUGCUCGUGAAUGGUGUGUGACUGUUAAAUACAUUUUACACUAACUGGACAC